CGCCGCCGUGGUCACGUGCCCCGUCCAUCCGGGCCCUUUGCCUGCUCUGCCUCUGUCCCAACAUGGCGGCCCCAGCGGCGGCGAAGAAGAAGCCCAAGAAGGGCAAGACCCUGACCCUGACGGAUUUCCUGGCCGAGGACGGGGGGGGCGGGGGCGGCCCCACCUUCAUCCCCAAACCCGUCAGCUGGGCCGACGAGACCGACGACCUGGACGCCUCCACCACGUGGCACAGCAACGACGACGACGUGUACCGGGCGCCGCCGAUCGACCGCUCGCUGCUGCCCACGGCGCCGCGCGCCGCCCGCGAGCCCAACAUCGACAGGAGCCGCCUGCCCAAGUCCCCCCCGUACACGGCCUUCCUGGGGAACCUCCCCUACGACGUCACCGAGGACUCCAUCAAGGAUUUCUUCCGGGGCCUCAACAUCAGCGCGGUGCGGCUGCCUCGGGAACCGACCAACCCCGAGCGCUUGAAAGGCUUCGGCUACGCCGAGUUCGAGGACAUCGACUCCCUGUUCCAGGCCCUGAGCCUCAACGAGGAGUCCUUAGGAAACAGAAGGAUACGAGUGGAUGUGGCGGAUCAAGCUCAGGAUAAAGACCGUGACGAUCGCUGUUUCGGGCGGGACCGGGAUCGUUUCCGGGACUCGGAGCGCUUGGACAGCGAUUGGAGGGCCCGGCCGGCCGCGCCCGACGCCUUCGACAACCUCCCCCCCCGGCGCGGGGACGACGCCUUCGGGGACAGGUACCGGGACCGUUACGACGAUCGGUUCCGGGAGGGGCCGCGGCGGGACCUGGAUCGUGGAUUCGGGAGCCGCGACCGCUACGACGAUCGGAGCAGGGACUACGAGCGGGGGUAUGACUCCCGGAUGGGGGGUGGCCGCAGACCCUUCGGCAGUGGGUUCCGGAGGGACGACGAUUUCCGCGGCUACGACGAUCGCUACGAGCGCCGGGACGAGCGCGGGGACCGCUGGAACUCCAGGGACGACUUCGGCAGGGACGACUUCCGGAGGGACGACAGGGGGCCCCCGCAGCGGCCGAAGCUGAACCUGAAGCCCCGGAGCGCCCCCCGGGAGGAGGAGAAUUCCGGGGCCGCCCCCUCUUCCCGCAGCGCCUCCAUCUUCGGGGGCGCCCGGCCCGUGGACACCGCGGCCCGGGACAGGGAGGUGGAGGAGAGGCUCCAGAAGGAGCAGGAGAAGCUCCAGAGGCAGCUGGAGGAUGACAAGAGGAUCGACAGGAGACCCCGGGAGAGACACCCCAGCUGGCGCAGCGAGGACACCCCGGAUCGAUCCCGGACCGGCAGCGAAUCCUCCCAGGGGAACCCCCGGGCCCCCUCGGGCCCCCCCGGCCGCAGCACGCGCCGGAGGGAGAGCGAGAAAUCCGAGAAAUCCCUGGAAAACUGCUCGGAGAGCGAGCCCCUGGGGGGGGCGGGCAGGGAGGAGGAGCCAGAGUCGCCCCCUCCCCCCAAAUCCCACCAGGACAGGCCCAGGGUGGUCCCGGCCCCUCCCCCCAAGGAGAACGCCUGGAUGAGGAGGAGCCAGAGCAGCAACCCCCCCUCUGGAGCCCAAUCCCAGGGAGCCCAAUCCCAGGGAUCUCAAUCCCAGGGAGCCCCCCUGGAGCAGCCCUCCCCCACAGGCGGGGGCUCUCCUCCGGCCCCCCCCGGGGAUGAGGGAGCCCCCGGACCCCAGAGGAGAGCAGAGGAGCCGAAGCCGGAGGGGGGCAGGGACGGCGGCUCCAAAGGGAGGAGCUGCAGCCGAGGCCCCCCCGGGGGGGACCCCGACAGGUGAGACCCCCCAAAAUCCCCCGAGCCAAAGAAACUGGAGGAGACCCCUCCCCAGUUCAGCCACGCCAGCAAAUACGCGGCCCUGCUGGUGGACGGGGAGGACGAGGAUGGUGAAGAUGAAGAAGGGGCCGAGUAA